UUGAGAGGUCAUCAAGUCCAGUCCCCUGCCCUCACGGCAGGACCAAGCACCGUCUAGAUCAUUUUUUUUAAUCUUACAAGGCACAAUUCAGCAUGAAUGAGAAAUUGAAUUCAAAUUCCUCGCUCAGCGGGCCCCACGUGCUGAGUUUCAAUGGGACAUACAACGUUUCCUAUGUGGACUUCUACCUUCAUCAGCCUCCCGUGGCAGCAGUCUUUAUCAUCUCCUACCUCUUCAUCUUCCUCCUGUGUAUGCUUGGCAACGGAGUGGUUUGCUUCAUUGUUCUGAGGAGCAAGCACAUGCGAACGGUCACAAACCUCUUCAUCUUGAACCUGGCUGUCAGCGACUUGUUGGUGGGGAUAUUCUGCAUGCCCACCACUCUCCUGGACAACAUCAUAGCAGGGUGGCCCUUUGGGAGCACGGUCUGCAAAAUGAGCGGGAUGGUCCAAGGAAUCUCUGUCUCCGCCUCUGUUUUCACUUUGGUUGCAAUUGCAGUUGACAGGUUCCGAUGCAUUGUUUACCCGUUUAAACAGAAGCUCACCAUAUCAACGGCAAUUGUCAUUAUAGCCGUCAUCUGGGUUCUCGCUAUCGCCAUCAUGUGUCCGUCGGCUGUCAUGUUGCAGGUAAAAGAGGAAAAAUAUUUCCGGGUGAUCCUGAGCUCAAGCAGUCAAACCAGCCCUAUAUACUGGUGCCAGGAGGACUGGCCCAACCAGGAAAUGAGAAAGAUCUAUACAACUGUGCUGUUUACCAACAUCUAUCUGGCUCCCCUUUCACUCAUCGUCAUUAUGUAUGCCAGGAUAGGGAUCGCUCUCUUCAACAGAGCGGCGCCUGUAGCGGGGAAACAGAGCCAGGAGCAGCGCCACUCUGUGUCCAAGAAGAAGCAGAAAGUGGUCAAAAUGCUUAUCAUUGUGGCUUUGCUUUUCAUCCUCUCCUGGCUUCCCUUGUGGACUUUGAUGAUGCUCUCAGACUACGCCAAUCUGACCGAGGUCCAACUGCAGGUCAUCAACAUUUACAUCUACCCCUUUGCUCACUGGCUGGCCUUCUUCAACAGCAGCAUCAACCCCAUCAUCUAUGGCUUCUUCAAUGAGAACUUCCGCCGGGGCUUCCAAGCGGCCUUUAAGCUUCAGCUGUGCUCUGGGGAAAUGAUGCGCCGGGAAUUCUACUCUCAGCGGGGUCAGAGCAAUGCCGUCUUACCGGCCACCACCCACCAGCUACUGGAAAGCCAGCCGUCUCAAAAUGCCCAAGAAGAGGGGAAGCCAGUUCAGAGAGGGAACUGGAUGAACAAGCCGCAGGCCUUGAUGAUGGAAGACCUCGAGAAGGCAGCCAGCGACAAUGGAGUAAAAUGAGAUUUGCUGUGAACUAAUGAACUGGUUUAUUCCCAGCUUCCCUUGGCAGAGUUUAUCGGAGGUGUUGUGAGGGUCAUGCUAGUUAAGCCCUCUCUGGCAAAAACAAAACAUUUUAAAACGUUGUUGUUGUUAUUGUAAAGUAUGUAGAAUGUGUAUAAUAUCGGAUCACUCGGACCUAAUGAGGCCUAAUUCUGCUCCCUUUUAGAUCAGGAGCUACUCCAUUGAUGUCAGUGGCAUCCCACAAGCAUAAACCUGGUAUGAGACCAUGGAUUUAAAUACACAUUGGUGUGUUGGGGAGCAGAAUCGGGCCUGUUUUGGUUUAGUUUGAGACUGUUCUCAGAAUAGGUGACACAGGGUUACAUACAGUGUUGUUAGAAAAGUGUCAGAGCAUGUAAUGCUGUUUGCUAUUAAUCCAUGCACCGGUUUUGUCACAGUAGACUCUGAAGAGGUUAUUAAUUUUUGUAAUAUCCACUCGGGCUUUGGGGGUUUGGACCGGGUGAGAAUCAUGGAAUGAUUCUGCUGGCACAUUUUCAUUAGCCAAUUUUGGACACUAUCAAAAUUGUAUUCUGCAAAUUAGCAGCAUGGUUUAUAAGACUAAUGAAAAAUCGUCCACUUUUAUUUGAACGGUGCCCGUUUAUUAAAGUGAGGAUAACCUGAUAAACCGUCAUAUUUUAAAGUUAGCUGUUAAAUUCACUUCAUUUAUUAGGAUCCCUUCCCCGUACCGUUGUUUUAUAUUCAUUGCUCAGACAUAAUAGCCUGUUCAUGAAAUUAUUCAUUGUGCUAUGCUACCAUUGCCAUUAAUUCACAUGUUAGAGAUUUGCUUAAUAGACUAGCAUUAAUGUUUUAAUACCUCUGGAUGUAGAAUAUCGUGCCGCCCAGCUUCCAGGAAAAUGUGUAAUUUGUAUUCACAUUGCUUUUAGCCUGGAUAUUUUGUAUGCUGCCUGUUUUCUUGGUUUUUUUUUUUUUUUUUUUUUUUUUUUAAAGUAUAUGCCUGCUUGAACUGGUAUAAAAUAUGCAGCUACUAUGCCUUUUCAUUUGUUCCCCUUUUCGGCUGCUCCUUUUGUUAAUUUUGUGACUGGACUGUCAUUUCAGCAUAUCUGUUGCUCAGUCUGAGAAAUAAAAAGGAUUAAGGAUGUGAAAAAGAAAAGCUGUUUUUAUGCUACCAUUUUGGUGGGUUCUCAGAAUCAUGUUCUGUUUUUUUCCCAAAUCUUUGAUAAAGAAAUAUCUUACCAGUAUAUUGUGUCAAGCAUCUAAGUUGCACAUUUCGAUGAUAACUGUACUAGAUAUCAUGACAUCAGUGCUCCACCAAGAGACAGGAGUAUUUUAAGGUUCCUGUCCUCCAAUCAAUCGGGCACAGACUUCCAUCUACACA